UGCGAGAAGACAUCUAAGACGAGUUUGGCAAAUCGUCUCUCGAUAUCAUCGAAGCUUGACCAAUUAGCUCGAAAUCAGACUGGAAGGAACUCUGGCAGCGACCGUCUGAUUUUUGCAGAGGGCACGACAGUCAUUUGGUGCGAGCUCAGGGUCGCCGCCUCCGGCGGGCUGUGCGACGGUGGGGGAGGUGAUGAGAGCAUUCCGUCCUCUGCCACAGUUACCUUCUCCGUCAUCGUCGCUGCCGCAAUCCACAGAGAAUUUGAGGCAAUCCGCCACAUAAAGCGGCGAAAUCGGCGGCUCGUGGUGGCUGGAGAGAGACCGUCUCGAUUUCUGAAAUUCGACAGCGAUUGUGUCAUUAAUAUUUGGCCAUCGGGUCUGGGUGGCGGGGAAUGGUCGAAGUCCGGCGUGCUGCGAUUUGCGCGGUGGCAGACCUGCGCAGAGGCGUGGAGGCGUCCUCGGCAACCGAUUGGGCGAACGAGGUGGUCGGCGGCGAGUGGUGGUUCGGCUGCCGACGGACAAUCGUUUGGACUCUGUCAGGUGGCUUCUCGCCGGCGACCGCUGUUCGCCUGCGGCAGGUCGAGAUAUAGCGACGGGCUGAGGGAGGCAGAGAUAUGUAUUCCUGUGCUGGUUGACCCGCUCGUUAAUGGGUCUUUGAAGGAUUGCGGGUUGCAGGAAGCGGGUAACGGGUUUGGGUCUUGCAGCUCAUGCGCUGUUUUCUGGUUGCAGCUGAAAUAUCUGUUGCAUUUUUUCCAAUUUAGAGUCUUUGAGAAGACGCUUUUUCAACGCAUCCUGUGCAUGGACCCGCUUGUUAAUGGGUCUUUGAAGGAUUGCGGGUUGCAGGAAGUGGGUAUUCGGGUUCGGGUCUUGCAGCUCAUGCUUCGUACAACAUUGGUUGUUUUGAAGCUGUUAUCUUUAGCUUUACACGACCAUUUGAUGGAACCAUCCCAUAAUCAUGAGUCAAUGACGCCAGGCACGAUCGGCAACCGAUCGACCAGCGACCUCGUUGUUCGCAUCCGAACCCACGAGGGCCGUGACGAGUGGGUCUAUUGCCACUCGCACGUUCUCACAAAAAGCAGCUCGUAUUUCGCGGACCGCCUCUCGGACAAGUGGCCCACGUGCCAAAUCCUCGACUCCCGCACGUGCGUCGAGGUCCACUGCACGGAAACCGACUUCGACCACCACAUUACUCUCCUAAGGCUCCUCCACCGAGACCCUCCGAGCCCGACCGUGGCCGACAUUUGUAAUGCCAAAAACGCCCUCGGCAUGCUUCGGGCCGCGGUCGGGCUCGGAAGCCCGCAAGUCGUCUCGGCUUGCGCGGAAUACCUCGAGGCCGUCCCUUGGAACGAGUCGGAGGAGGAGGAGAUUCUCAGAGUCGUUCCGGGCCUUGGCCUUGGCCUGGCCGAGUCGGGCCUGAUACUGGCCCGACUCAAGCCCGUGGGCCCGAAAGCGGCCGUGGGAGUUUUCAUGUCGGCUCUCCGCCUCGCCACAUCACCAUUGUCGGGGCCCGCGAGGGGGGACGCCAGGGCCGCGGCCCAGGAGCAAAUCGAGUAUAUGUUGACCGACGACGACGACGACCCGCCUCUGUUGACUGUUGACCACGAAAUCCGAGCGGAGGCCCGGAGGUGCGUGGGCGGGCUCUUGGCCCGGUUCGCGGGCCUCAUGAAAUCCGAGCCCGAGUUGCUCGACGGGUACUUGGCCGAUCUGUCGUGGGCUUCUCAAAUCGUCGCGAAAUUGGGGAUCUGCGAGGAUUUCGUGCGCGCGUGGGUCGAGAUGUCGGGGGAUUUCGUCAAGGUGGCGGGCCCGGCCCGCGGAGUGAAAGUCUUGGAGGUGACGAAUCGGGUGAUGGAGACGAUUUCGUGCGGCGGGGUCGUUUUGCGGGCCGCGAGGCGGGCCCACGUGGUGAGGACGUGGGUCCCGUUUGCAAGGGACGUGAAGUUGUCGGUCGAUUGCGCCAGCGUGGCAUGUGUUGACGAUGAUGAUGAUGAUGAUGAGGUGAUGAAAGCGGAUGGGGAGCUUUGGCGGUCGCUCGAGUCGGGAUUCGUGUCAAUUAUCUCGACCUUGCCGUCCGAGAGUCAAAGCGAGAUCUUGACCGAGUGGCUCGGGAAUAAGAAUGUGGGUUACCCGGAUUUGACCGAGGCGUUUGAGGUGUGGUGUUAUCGGUCGAAGGUAGCUAAGAGGAGGCUAGGCUUGGUCGAUGAGGGCAAUCAGUGUAAUAACAACACUAACAAUGUGUGAUUUUUUCUUUGAAAAAUAAUGUUAAUUUUUGCUUUUCUUGUUUGUUGUAAUAUGUAUCUUCUAUGUGGGAUGUGUUAGUUUUUGAGUAAGGAAUGAUGGUUGAGU